AUGUCAGAAGCUCAAAAAAGAACACUCCCAAAAGAAGCUGUUGAACAAUUAAAAGAAUGGUUGUACGAUCAUUUAUUUCACCCCUAUCCUUCGGAUGCACAAAAGAACCAGUUAUCUAAUCAAACAAGCCUAGAGAUGAAGAGUAUUAACAAUUGGUUCAUCAAUGCAAGAAGAAGAUUAGUUAGACCCUUACUUGACAAGGUAUUAGCAGCUUAUAAAAAAUCAAAUCCAAAUACACCACGUAAUAAGGACAAUGAUCUAAUAAGAGAACUGUCAGAUGAGGGGAAACUUGGAACGUGGGCUAGAUCGGUCUCAUCUUCCGGACACUCAAUAGACAUGUCAAAUAAUAGUAGCAGUGGUGGUCGAUCUCCUCCUGCAAAAUCAUCAAGACCAAGAAGAACAAGACAAACAAGAAAGGUUAAUGUGGAAUCUGACAGUGAGAGUGAAGAUGAAGUUGAAACAGAAGACGAUGAAGACGAAUAUAAAAUGGAUGUAGAUGAGGAUACUUCCACAACGAAUGAUGAACAAUCUGACAUGUCAUAUUCGGAAUCAGAGUUUGAGAUUGAAAAUGAAGAUGUUCAAGCUGCCAAUACUCUGGUUAAAAUCAAAAUGACUGUAGAUUUUGAUUCUUAA